AUGGUUUAUUGCCGCUUUUGCCGUAUUCCCGUUUUCUGUGGUAUUCUCAAGGACGUUAUAUUUGAUACAAAUGUUGCAAAUGAGGAGAUCAGCGCCGUCUUCUUGGACAGCGGCCCAAGUCGCGGCCGAUCGGAUCUUCCCGCCAGAGAAGAGCUCUCACGCCCACGCACGCCCGCGCGCCCGCCGCCUCUGGACGGCCAGGCGUCGCCCUCGAAGAUCCGUAAGGUCUACUCGCGCCGGAAGACCGAGCCCUCGCCGCCGCGCCGCCAGGUGUCGACGCCGCCCUCGCACCCGCGCCGCCGCGUGCCCUUCAUCAAGAAGCCGCGGCGCGUGUCUGCCCCCGCCUUCCCGCAGGCGCACAAUGGCGCCGCCUCUCCGGCCGCGCCCUGGACGCCUCGGCAGGACCCGCACCUUCAGGAGUGGUCCAAGGGGCUGCUGAAGGACUUCCACUCCUUGGUGGAGGAGGAGAUCCGCGCCCUCCACAGCCUCACGCCCCCCCGCCGCCCCGCCGCCGCCCCCGCCCCGCCGCCUCGCUUCCUCAACGGCCUCGGAGGCAGCGCCGGCAGGCCCGCCCCGGAGAGCGCGCCGGAGCCGCGGGCGCCCGAGGGCGACACCCCAAGGCGAAUCGAGGCCGAGCGAGGGGAUCCUCGGCCGAUCGGAGCCGAGGGCGAGCCUCGUCGGGGUGAUGGUCGGGCCGCCCCCUCCCCUCUGAGGCGCCCGACCCGAGUUCCCAGCGCCAGCAUGGGCGGCGCACAGAGCACCUCCCGCAAUGAGUUGUGGGCGGGCGAGCGUCCGGGCGGCGCCUUCCGGACGUACACGCUCCCUCGCUCGGGCGGCCACCGGAGCGUCAGCCUGAGCGGCGCCGCACCCUACAGGGCGUCGGCCGCCCACCCCGACGACUCCGACGUCAACUGCGAGCUGCUUCGCGUGAACCCGCGCUUCUCGCGCUCGCACUCGCUCGACGAGAGCGCCGGCCUCAGCCCGUGGGCGCUGCACCACCUCUCCGUCAUCGAUGACAUCCACGCGAAGCCGGGCCACGGCCGCAAGGGCGCGAGUCCCGCCCCAGCGCCGCCCACACCUAGUCAGUCCGAGGGGCGGCGCACCCCGGCGGGCGCCGCAGGCUCCCCGCGGCCGGAAGGGCACUACGCCAAGAUCCGACGGACCGGCUACUCGGAGAAGCACAACGAGCAGUGGCGCGCCGCCCUGCCGGCCGCCCACCAUGCCAACGGGGGCGCCCUUUCCAACGGAUGGGCGGACUCCGGCAGCGCCACGCCCAGGCUCUCUCUCAAGUCCGCCAGCGACUCCGCCACCGCCUCCAGCCACACCGUCUCCCAGAGCUCGCUCGCGACUGUCUGCGCCAACAACGGCUCCGUCGCCUUUACGCCUGCUGAUAUGGAGGGCGUGAGCGAGUCGUGGGCGUGGGCGGACCAGGAGGACGCUUGCAGCUUGACGGAUCGCCCCUGCGACUCGGAGCUGUGCGACCACUGCCAGGCCAAGAAGGGUGGCGACGGCGACGGCGUGUCGGUGAGCGUCACGCCCGCCGACGCGACGGGCGAGGAGCGCCUGGGCGUGGGCGUCGGAGGCGAGUCGAGGGACGACAAGGCGAGGGGCCUGCGGGCGGACGGAGUGGGCUCGGGGCGCAAGAGCGAGCCGUCCCUUUUCUGCCCAUCGUCCCCCGCGGGCGACGCCGUGGACGGUGGGCGGCGCCACACCCUCCCCGGCCCGCGCCUCUACGGGAGCCUGUCCCUCCUGUCGGCGCCCGCGCCCACCUUCACCACCUCCUCCUGGGAGACGCUCCCGCCGGCGGACGAGCUCGAGGUGGAGCUGGAGGAGAAGCCCAUCUCGAGUUCGCUGGACGAGCGCCCCCUCUCGCCCUCGUCCCUGAGCGGCGCCUCCUCGCGCUCCCUCAACUCGUCCCUGUCGUCCCUCUCGCACCUGAGCGUCCACCGCGACCACUCGGAGUGCGACUCGUGGCCGUCCUCGCCCGUCGCGCACAACCUCACCCCCGACGUCUUCCUCGACCCGAGCAACAUCCUCGGCGCCGCGCGAAGCGAGCCCGCUAGCCAGGCCGUUUCCGAGCCCAAGGCGAAGGACGCCCACAAGCUCAAAGAAUCGCCGGCGAGCACCCAUGUCGCCGGCGCCUCCUGCACGCCCUCGCCCGAGCCCAUCACGGGCAUGCUGCAGCUGUCGCCGGCGGGCGCGCACAACGGCAACAUCAUCUUCUCCGUGUCGAUCCCCGAGACCCGCCGCGAGAAGGGCGUGGAGCGCAGCCAGAGGGGCGCACCCAUGGGAGGCCCGGGGGACGCCGACGCCAAGCCCGGCGCGGCGACCCGGCACCUGAAGGAGAGCGCCACGAAGGUGCCCCGAGGACCACCCACUUUCUCGCUGCCGAAGGAGAGGGCCGAGGACGACGCCAGGAGAACCACCGCCAAGGACUGCAGCGACAACAACAACUCCGCCUCGACCCAGGACGCUAACCACUGCAGCCGAAGCGCUAAAGACGACGACCACGACCACCAUACGGCGAAAGACACGACGAGGACGACCAAGACUAUCAUGGAGAGGUCCCGAAGCUUCUCCUUGGACGAGACGAGUCGUGCCCAAGGGUCGUCUGGCAGGAGGAAGGUCAACUCAGCCUCGCAGUCGGCGGCGCCCGAGGCGCUGGACGACUUCCUGCGGGCGGUGGAGUCGCGCAUCCGGCGGGGCAGCGAGGGGCGCGACCUGUCAGGGCCUCUUUCUCUCCCCUCCACGCCCGCGUCCACGCCCGCGUCCACGCCGGCCUCCGCCCGCCCGCGCUCCUCCGUCUCGCCCACAGUGGUCCUCGACGCCUUCACGCAGACGACGCCCGCGCCCACGCCGCCUGCCACGCCCCCCGGCGCCUCCAGGUCGUCGUCCGUGACGUGGCUCAGCGAGUGCGGCUGCGACGACCUGGCCUCAAUCGAGCCGUGCCCGUCCUCGCUGGUGCUCAGCGCCACCGAGGACGACUACGACGACGACGACGCCGACGACGACGACGACGACGAGGACGAGGAGGACUGGUCGCCGGGGCUGUCGCUGUCGUCGUCGUCGCCGCCGCCCACGCCCGCCUCCAUGACGCGCGACGACUCCUCGCUGUCGCUGUCGGAGUCGCUCGACGCCCUCGACAUCAACGGCGAGUCGGGCAUCGGCACCGUGUCGACGCGCCCGUCCGCCAGCCCGCCCUCGCACGCCCACGCCGCCCUCGACCUGUCGGGCUCCAACCUGUCCUCGGAGGAUACGGGCCUCGAGAACAGCUUCGAGCGCCAGAUCCGCCGCUACAUCCCGCACGCCCGCGCCCGCGACGCCGACCACGGCGUGCACUACCGCCGCCGCCGCCCGCGUCCGCGCCAGCCCGAGCAGUGGGUGCGGCGCGAGGACCAGACCACGCAGACCGACCCACACCCGCCCACGGCGCCGCCCGCCAAUCACGACGCGGGCGGCCUGCGGCACGGGCGCGGCGCCUCGGCGGAGCGCGUCGUACGCCACACCCACAGCGAGCCACGGCUGGACGCGCCCCUCACGCCCCUUGGCGGCGUCCUUAGGGGCGUGUGCAGCGAGGCCGCCCUGCCGCCCACCUCGCACUCGGCGGCGCGCUCGGCCCUCACGCCCUCCGCGCCCAUCCUCCCGACCCUGACGGAGGACAAGCCGCCCAUCGCGCCCUCGAACCGCCCGCCGCGCCCGCGCCACCUCUCCCUCUCCGGCAGUCACCCGACGCCCACGACGGACAAGGCGUGCUCGGCGCCCACGCUCGAGAUGCGCUCUCCCGCCGCCCACGCGCCGCACACGCCCGCCACCACGCCCUCGGAGGACUCGUCGGGGGAGGCGCCGGUGAGUCACUGACGGGGUCGCUGAUGGAG